AUGAUGCAAAGCAUUCAAAACGCAAAGCAUGUUGUGUCGCUGUAAGAAGUUCACAAAACAGAUAUCGACAGAAAUUAGAUAUAAUCCGCUUUUAGGGAGAACAAACACCGAACGACAUCUUUGAUCACUUAACACACAUUGCGAAACGAUUUGGCAUGCGCACAGCAGUAUUUCUAAAUAAAAACUUGAAAUGUCAGAACUGAAAACAUAAGAGACAUUUCAAAUCGUUACAUUGUAUCAACACAAACAUCGUUUUUACUACAUUUGUUUGAAAAGUUUUGCGUCAUGGAGGAACAACAACGACGAGUCAUCUGACGUCUUUCCUCGUUCCUCGUAUGCAAAUAACCCGCUUCAUAUCUCAAGAUGAUGACCAGUGACUGAAGUCAUUCAGCCAUGAGACUCGCCAGCUCUGCAUUGCUCUUUCUUUUUUCAUCUUCAUCUUCAGCUGUAAAGCUCUGGCUCUCAAACCUCGGUUUUUAGGAAGAAACACGGACCAGAGCUUCUCUCAUCACAGAUCUGUCUCAUACAACACUUUAUAUAUUGAUCAACAGGGUUUCAUGUGGGAUGUAGCAGAGGAGCUGGGAGCUUUGCUGGUUUUUGCUGAACAUCGCUACUACGGAGAGUCUCUGCCUUUUGGAGAGGAGUCAUACAGUAACGCCAAGUAUUUGAACUACCUGACCUCAGAACAGGUUUUAGCUGACUUUGCAGUGCUUAUCAAAGCUCUGAAAAAAAGCCAGCCUGGAGCUGAGAAAAGUUCAGUUAUCGCAAUAGGUGGCUCUUAUGGAGGGAUGCUAGCAGCCUGGCUGAGGAUGAAGUAUCCCAAUGCUGUUGUAGGGGCUCUUGCAGCGUCUGCUCCCAUUUGGCAAUUCAUUGUGCCAUGUGGAGAGUUUUACCGUGUGGUCACUCAUGACUUCACCAUCAGUGGCUCCAACUGCAGCAGCAGCAUCAGGAGGUCAUGGGCUGCUAUUGACAGGCUCUCUGCAACAGGUGAGGGUCUGCAGUGGCUUUCUCAGACAUUUGGACUGUGUGGUCCUUUAAAGUCUCAAGAGGACGUGUUCGGCUUUAAGGCUUGGCUGCAGGAAACCUGGGUGAACUUAGCCAUGGUGGAUUAUCCGUAUGAAGCCAACUUCCUUCAGCCACUGCCAGCCUGGCCUGUUAAGGUGGUCUGCAAGAAUCUUCAGUUUAAUAUGGGUGUUUCAGACAAACAGCUGUUGAAUGGGGUUUCUCAAGCUGUGAGAGUUUACUACAAUUACACUGGAGAUGCAGUGUGUCUUAACACAUCAAAGACCGCUACCGGAAAUCUUGGCUUCCUGGGCUGGUUCUACCAGAGUUGUACGGAAAUGGUGAUGCCCAUGUGUACCGAUGGCAUCAAUGACAUGUUUGAGCCUCAGCCAUGGAGCUUCCAGGCCUUCUCAGAUGAGUGCUACAACCAGUUUGGAGUGCGGCCACGAGAAGACUGGGCAGAAACUGUAUAUGGAGGGAGAAACAUACAUGCUCACAGCAACAUCAUAUUCAGCAAUGGGAAUCUAGACCCAUGGAUGAGUGGUGGAGUGACCAAGAGUCUGUCUGAAUCUCUGUUUGCCAUUAUGAUUGACGGAGGCGCUCACCAUCUUGAUCUGCGCUACAACAAUGAGCUUGACCCACAAUCUGUCAUCAAAGCAAGAGCGCUGGAAGUGCAGUACUUCAAACAGUGGAUCAAACAUGCAGCAACUACAAAGUAAUAUGAAAACAAGAUCAAGAAUGUUUUUAGAUAUGAUUGCAAAUGAAAAGUUGAUUUUAAGUGUGUUCUCACUUGCCAGAUUUUAUUUAAUUAAAAGUGUACAUGUACACUAAUCUGAAUCAAUUUUAAUGUUAAAUGUCAUUUUUGUGUAUAGAAAGCUUUACACAUCCACACUGAAAUGGCUGAAAACACUUUUGUGCUUGUACUGUUUAUGCAUAUUUUAUUCAUUUAUUUUAUUUUUGGAUCCAGACUACACAGAAAAAAAUAUUUCUGCCAAAUUGUUGCAAUAAUUUUAUAUGGACUGAAUUUAAAGAAACUAUUUAAAUUUAGUAAUGUUAAACUUAAUUUGUUUGUUUAAAUUCAGCCCAAAUAAAUUGUUUACAACCACUUACCUUAAUAAAAAAAAUUUGCAAAUCCAAUAAAUCAUCUUUAAAUAUUUAGUUCUGUGUAGGGCUGUUACAAUAUUGCAUUUUUCACACCAGAGGUAUUGUGGACAAAAGAAUUAACAAUAUCUAUAUACUGUAUUUAGAUGAUUUGUUCUUUUUUAAACUUGAAGCCAGAAAUAAAUGGUUAUGUGAGCAAAAUGUUUAUUUGCUUUA